AGAAGAAGUAGAAGUAAACAACAGACUCAAGCAUGGCUAAACCACAAGUAGUUUGCCCAAGAGGAAGGGGGAAGAAAACGCUGUAAACCUGCCAAUCAUAUAAAAAAGGAUUGCUUUUUUUUUUUUUUUUUUUUAAUGGCGGUUCUGUUAAGUUUGUUCUUGUUGUUACUGUUUUCAUUCGACCAUGGUAAGUUUGAUGUUGAUCACAGUGUGUUAGUGAAUGAGGGAGAUUCAGUCACACUACAGACUGAUACUCACACAAACCAACAAGAAGAGAUUAAAUGGUAUUUUAAUGACAUUCGAAUAGCUGAAAUCAGUGGAGAUCUCAGUGACAUCUGUACAGAUGUUCAGUGUAAUGAAGGUACUGAGAGAUUCAGAGACAGACUGACGCUGGAUCAUCAGACUGGAUCUCUGACCAUCACGAACACCAGAACCACAGACUCUGGACUCUACGAGCUAAAACUCAUCAACAACUUCAUCAGAGAAAAGAUCUUCAAUGUUACUGUCCGUGAACCAGAUAAAAAGUCAGUGAAUGAGGGAGAAUCUCUCACUUUAGAUCCUGAUGAAAUAAGAAACCCAAAUGAUGUGAUGGCGUGGUUUUUUAAUGAUAUUCUCAUCGCUGAAAUCACUGGAGAUCAGAGUAAGAUCUGUGAAGAUGAUCAAUGUGAAGAGAGAUUCAGAGACAGACUGAAGCUGGAUCAUCAGACUGGAUCUCUGACCAUCAUGAACACCAGAAACACAGACUCUGGAGAAUAUAAUCUAAAGAUCAGCAGCAGAAGCCUUCGUCGCAUCAACAGUGGCGUGAUUAAGAACCGCUUCAGAGUUACUGUCAAUUCAGGUCUGUCUUCAGAUGAUUCAGGUCUGUCUUUGGGUGAUUCAGGUCUGUCUUCAGGUGUUGUAGCAGGAAUAAGUGUUGCUGCUAUUGUUGUUCUGCUGCUCAUUGCAGCAGCUUUUGCUGUGAUUUUCUAUUGCAAACGUCAAGAAAGAAGAGAAAACAGCAGGACGCAGCAGAGUGAUCAGGUGGAUCAAGAUGAUCCGUCCUUAAUCAGAAUGAUGCCUAGUAUUUCUGAGGAGGAAGAUGAGGACCUGUGUGUUGUUACGUGGAGAGAGACACAUCCUUUUAUUGUUGUUAUUAGUUUUAUUGAUUUUCUCACAUGUUAGUAUUAUUGUUAGUAUUAUUAUAGUGUUACUGUUAGUAUUAAACAUUUGGAUUGGCCUAUUGUAAAUAUAGUUUUUUUUUUUGUGUGUUUUUUUUUUUUUUUUUUUUCAUUUUUUUGCAUUGGAUGUUUUAUUCUUUUCCUUCUUUUCCAGACUAUUGGAAAGAAAGCCUGAAAAGAAAGCCUUGCCUUAAAUAAUUUGCAGUUGAGGGUCCUGUGCUUCUGUUUUUAAACUGUUAUCAGGAAUACUUUUUGCCUUAAAAGCUAAUAAUAAAUCAUUUGUAAAGAA